AUGGCAUCAUCAUCAUCUUCUCCAAUCAAACUCAUAGAAAAAGCUCUCCUUGCCACUGGCCCCUUUGCUCUGUCCUACACCGAUCCAGAUCAGAAAUGGCUCAUAAGAAAGCAUCUAACUUCAUUCCUCCAAGAGUUUCCAAAUUUCUCUCUCUCUACUGAUACUUUCAACCACAACACCGGAGCCACUGUUCAACUAUUCCGCCUCCAAGGCUCUCUACGCACCGCUUCACAGCUCCCAUCAUUACAAUUGACCAUUUGGGUUCACGAGAACUACCCAAUAACGCCUCCCCUGGUUUUCGUAAACCCUAAUCCUCCGGUUCCGGUUCGCACCAACCACCCAUUCGUCGCUUCCUCCGGUCUCACAAACUCUAAUUACAUCGAGAAUUGGGAACACCCGAGAUGCAAUUUGCUCGAUUCCGUUCGAAAUCUCAGGAGAGUCCUCGCGAACGAUCACCCAUUUGUAGGGAAUGAUUCGAAUUCGAUCCCGAACCGGACUCAACCGGUUUCGAGGACCGAAGCUAUAGACAGAUUAGCGAAGAGUCUACACUACGACGCAUUGGCGAUUUUGAAGAGAUCAGAGGAAGAGAUUGAGAACCUAUGGAAACUGCAAUCGGAGGUGAGGGAAAGAUCCGAAUCGGUUAGAAGGAUCAUCGGCGAGCUUGAGAUAGAGAGGGAGAAGCUGAAGGAGAGAGUCGGGGAGAUCAGAGACGAUAUCGAUGUUCUGGAGAUCUGGGUUGAGAGGAAUUAUCCUAGACUGGUGAAAGCGACGUCGGGGGAUGUGGGAAUCGAGGAAAUGUUCGAAAGGGAAGAAGAUGGAGAUGAAGACGAAGAUGAAGAGACGAAGAAAUUGGCACUGGAGAGCUUGGCGGCAGAUGAGGCCAUUGAAGAGGUGUUGGGUGUAUUGGAAGAAGCAGCGGGAAGAGGAGAGAUGGAAAUGGGUUCGUAUCUGAAGCAAGUGAGAGUCUUGGCGAGAGAACAAUUUUUCUGUAGAUAUAUAAUCAACCAUUGUUAUCUGUAA